AACAAUCGCAAGUAGACGCAUGCAGUCUUUACCAACACUGUCUGCCUUCAGUAUACAGCAGGGAAUUAUCCCGCAACUUAUUGCAGGUCUUUCCAUUCCAGUAUCGAAGAAUCCCUUGUCUAGUAAGCAAAAUUUGACUCUUAAACAAGUGACGGAGGACUCACUUUACGUGUAAGUACAUAGAGUCGUGAUUUUUUGGGGGGAAUUUUUGGGCUGUAGUCUUCAUUAGUGCUCCUAGCACACAGACGGGAUGCUUACAAUACAGGAUUAGAAAAGAGGCGAUAAUCACAAUAACUCCCCCUUACACAACAAAGUAUCUUAAAUGUUGUCUAGCUACUCUAUCCU